GAAAAAGGCCGCCGUGGCCGCUCACAGGUUUCUCUCUGCUCUUACAAAAAGUAGCAAUAGUCAGUUUUGACCUAUCUUGAUAAAAAUAGACGAACUUGAAAAAGUAGAACCAUUUUCAAUAGAAUGACUUUACUUCCACCAUGGUAGCGCUGCUGCUGCCACCUGCCAAACACGUGUAGCGCAACAUAACCCAAAUUUUUGACGCCUGUAGCAUUUAAUAAUAUUUAUUAAGGGUCUCCCAUGUUCAUUGCAACUAGUUCUCGCUGUCGUGAUCAUGGCAAAGAUCUUACGAAAACGUGCUAAAACGGGAAGAAGCACAAGAGAGCAAUUGGAGUUGCUCGAUAAAUCGGAAUUAAUUGAUAAAAUACUGCGAUUGGAAGCUCACACUGAGCAGUUAAAAGUGUCGAUCACAAAGAAUACUGACAUUAAAUCAAAGAAAGAGGAGACCUCAUGGAAAGUAAGAAAGACAUUUGAUUUUUCACGAUGUCACAAGAGGCAUAUCUUGUUGAAGUUUUAUUAUCUUGGUUGGGACUAUCACGGUUUCACUGUGCAGGAAGAUAAUUGCAACACCAUUGAGCACCAUCUUUUCGCGGCUUUGUUGAAAAGCUGCUGCAUAGAAUCUCGCGAGAGCGCGAAUUACCAUCGUUGCGGGCGCACUGAUAAGGGUGUCAGCUCGUUUUCGCAGGUGAUCUCACUGGACAUACGCAGUAAGUUGGCACCCGAGGAUCAGGGCAACCUUUCAAAUGAGUUGCCCUAUUGUAAAAUGCUGAAUAGAUUGCUGCCGACGAACAUAAGGUGUGUGGCGUGGUGUCCAGUUGCAUCUAAUUUCUCCGCGAGAUUCGAUUGCAAAUAUAGGAGAUACAAAUACUUCUUUCCGAGGGGCAAUUUAGACAUAGAUGCCAUGAACAAAGCUGCCAAGUACGUUGUAGGAGAUCAUGACUUCCGUAAUAUUUGUAAAAUGGACGUGGCCAAUGGCAUAAUCAAUUUUAAAAGAACCGUAAUUGACGCAAAAGUGAGCUUUGUUAAUGAGCAGAGCAUGGAAAAAUCCACAGGCUAUGAUAUGUGUGAAUUAGAAAUCACAAGUCAAGCCUUUCUGUGGCAUCAAAUUCGUUGUUUAAUGGGCAUCUUAUUAUUGGUGGGGCAAAGAAAAGAGGAGCCUGAAGUAAUCUUGAAGCUAUUAGACACAGAGACUUGUCCACAGAAACCGCAAUACAAUAUGGCUCAUCAAGUUCCAUUGAAUCUCUGGCAUUGUGAUUACGAAAAUAUAAAAUGGUUUGUCGACGAAAAUGAAUUGUUAUACACCAUUAAAAUACUGCAACAGGAUUGGGCUCUCAAUACUAUAAAAUCUACAAUGAUUAAAAAUAUGUUGAUGGAACUGAAAAAUUCUGUUAACUGUGUAAAUACUGAUUUUCAAAGUGAUUGUCUGCUUCUCGGAAUACAGUCGAAAAUAUAUCAUCCACUGAUGUUAAGAGAAAUGUGUGACAGUUUGGAAAGUAAAAUUAAACAUUACGAGAAGAAACGAAAAUUUGAAGUCAUACAUUCCGAGGUUACAUAGCAUAUGCCUAUACUAAUCACAGAACUUGUGUAAAAUAUUACACACAUAACUAACAGUUUUAAAUACACACAUGUUUUUUACUGUAAAUAUUACAUACAGUGUCUUAACUUUUUAUUAUAUGCGAGAGGGCUUUGUCUAGCCUUAUUGUUCGUCAAAUUUCGAUAGCGAUCGAGAAUUGUCCAAAAAACAUUAGAUUUUACAGGAACGCUGUGCGAAGAGAACGCCGAUAGGCCUGCAAUAAUACACGCGAAACGACGAGCGACACUUUUGCAAAGUAACAUUAUAAAUUUUUAUAAUCUACGAAAAUCAAAAUAGAUCGAACAUGAAUUUUCUGUGCA